AUGAUCAGUCUCGAAGAUGGCACACGCCAGGGCACCCGCAUCCUUGUGCUCAAAGACGCACUCGGCUUCGGCAAGGACCGGGCCACCUCCCUGCGCUUUAGCGCACUCAAUGCAACGAAACCAAUCGCCGACACGUCUGGUGCAGUUCUGGAAGUCACGUUCGAACACACCGGUGUGGCCACCGAACGCGAGAAGUCCGAGUUGUACUCGAAGGUGCUCCGUACCCUGUCGCCCGACACGUCGUUGUGUUUUAACCUGCCCGCAGGAGUUGUCCUCCCGCCCGAGCUCCAAAAAUACGCUCCAAUCAUCCAUGGAGUCGCACCGGAAUCGAUCACCCAAAGCGGUAACACCCGGUUCAAGUUCGUGGUGCGCUGCGCUAGCGCAGCGGCGCUCGACCAAGUCCACGACGCGGCGACCAAGAUCGAGUGGAAACGCUCCUUUGCCCAAGUCCGCAAGCGCUUGGCGUUCGUCAAAAACGUCGUCGAACUGCGUUUCAUUAUCAGUCCUGAGGCCGAAUACACGAACGACGACCUCUGGAACAAACUGCAAGGCGUCGUCGCCAAGCUUACCGGGGACGGCCACAAGUGCGACUUGCUCCGACUCCAGCAGCCUCUAACGGUCGUUCAAGGCUCGUACCUCGUCGCUCGAGGAAACUACGCGGCCAUCGUCCAGUUCGACGACGACGACCUGUUCAAGAACAACGGUGCUCAACUUCGGCAGGUUCUACCGACGAGGAUCGACCUUCGGGGACGACUCGCAACACUCACGCCCCUUCGCCACGACUACGAGGCCGAAGCCUCGUGCCGCCGAUGCGGUUUUGUAGGCCACUCCGACAACUGCGUUCAAAAGCCGGUCCAGCGUCAGCAGGCCGCCCAGAAAAACAACAACAACCAAAAGCCCCAGGCCGAGCCCCAAAGCAACAUCGAGCAAACCUCGACCCCCCAAAAACAACGCAGAGGUGAAGUAGCCUCUCCCUCUCCCCCAAUGUCUCCUGUCGCGUUCAAGCGUUCAAAGAAGAACGCAUCUCCCCCAAGGGACACUAACAACUCACCACGAGUCUACCCUACUCGUUCACAAAGCUCUACACCCACAGCAUCCGCCCCUCGCGGUUUCAUCGUCGCCGCAAACCCAUUCGCAAGUCUGGCCGGCGACGUGGCCGAGGAGGCGCAGGAGGAGCCCGCUCAGGCCCUCGAGGACGACGAGGACGCGAUGAGCGUAGUCGAGGCACAGCUGGAACAACAGAGGAGGUGCCGCCGUUGGAGCCUUCGGAUCUGUCGGAUCUGCAGGACCGCGGAGCGGAGGGGAACCAGGAGGAACACACGGAGACGAGUGACUCGGAAGAAGGGGAAUCGCAGUCGGCCGAGACGGGCGCUGUGCCUGAGAUUGUUUCGACGACUCCUGAGCAUACCCCUGAGCCGACGCGGUCCCGAUCGGCCAGUCACCAUCAGCUUGAUAUGGACGGCCUUCCCGACGACUGGAUGAAUCGUGUGUCGGAUCGCGAGCGCAAACAGGAUGCCGGUCUGUACGAUGAGAUCACCGAGUUGGACCGCACCCCGUCUGUGACCGGUUGGAUGCCUUCGCCGUCUCCAGGUCCAGUGUUUGAUCCCGAGCCCGAGCCCAAGCAGGAGGUGGACGAAGGAAGUUCCCAGGGUCUUCGCCGGUCCGAGCGUAUCCAGCGUCUCACCAGCGUCGCGCGCACAUCGGACUGGAACGAAUCGACCGCCGCGGACCCUCUCCCCUCACCCACAUUCGGACCUAUGUUGUCCAUCAAGGGAGCUGCUGCUGCAACGAGGGCGCGAUCGUAAUGAUUGAGUUCAUCAUCAUGACCUGGAACGUCAACAGGGGCUUCAAUACCCCCGAACGACGUCGUCUGCUUCUUUCGUAUCUCACUUCGCUCACACCUCCCCCUUCUGCUAUCCUUCUCCAGGAACACAAUGUUCCUAAAUCACGACAAUCUCACAUACGCCACGAGUACGCCCAGUCCCACCAGGGCGAGGCCUACUUUUCUCAACACUGCCUCACUUUGAUUCCAAGCUCUUCUCCUCUUCUCGGUGGUCAUCGUCGCUCGCGCCAGUCUCUCGGCGGGCGCUUGCUCGUGACCACCUUCGAUGUGCGGGGUUCGACGGACGUCGUCGAACUCAACAAUGUCUACGCUCCGGUUCAACCCGCCGAGCGCCUCCUCUUCUUCACCUCCCUUCACUUUCGGGCGACCGUCUCCUCUCACAUUCGGUUCAUCGCCGGCGAUCUCAACGACUGCCCUAUUCCCGCGGUGGAUCGAGCGCGACAGGUGGACCGCCCGAACACCCACCACUGGCCCGUGCUUAUGUCUCGGCUCGACGGGGUGUACACGGAUGCCAUUCGGCUCAUGCACCCGCUGUCGCCGGCGACCACGCGCCCGCAUCUCAGCAAGGACGGCCGGCUCAUUUCGCGCGCGCGCAUCGACUUUGUUCUGGUGCAGCGGCGACACGAGCGACGGAUCGUUUCUGCUUCCACAAUAUCUCUCGAUCCAUGUCGGAUCAUCGACCGGUUACGGUCACAUUUCGGCUUCGCGCAAGUGGUGCCGAGGUCGAAGAGGAGCUCUGCCUUCCCCAGGCGGCUCAUUUUCUGACCCGCAUCAACUCGUCGACCUUCAAACACGCCGAGUUUAAGGAGUUCGUCACUCCUCUCCUUGAGCAAGCACCGUCUGGGGAUCCGGUCGCGGACCUUCAGCGCGUACUCUCGGAGUCUCGGGUCCAAGCUCUCGAGCUGUCUCGGCGUCUGUAUCGGGAGCGCAACGCCCUCGAGAUGAUGCUGGUAUCUCGACUGCAGGACAUUGAGUCUCGUCGGGUGAUGAGCCCCUUUGACGUCAUCGACUGGACGAACACCCACGACGCUCUCUCCAAGCUUGUGAACGAGCGCGCAAGGCAGUCCCGGAUCAGGGCGCAUGUGCCCGAGAUUGCAUCCGAGGAACGUCUCAGUCGUCCGGUACAUGCCAAACUGGCUGCUCGGUCCCGGGAUGUGAAGUUUCAGAGUAUCCGGCUCGCUGAUGGCGAGCUCACCACUGACAUUGAGCGCGCGCUCGAGCACACCCAUUCUCAUUUCCAGCAGCACUACCUUGUCGAAGCGAAGGAUCCGGAACAGGUCGUGACGAUGCGGGAUGAGCUCUUGGGACCCAUCAGAUCAGCAAGACCUUGUGACGACCCGCUUUCCGACGCUCGCUUCCUUCGGCGCUUCUCGAAUUCGCACGUCGACAUUCUGGCCGAGCCCAUCAGCGAAGCCGAGGUGCUCGCAGCGAUUCGAACCACGCACGAAGGUCGAUCUCCGGGGCCUUCAGGGGUCCCCUAUGAGAUGUAUCGAGCCUGCCCCUUGCUUUGGGCCCCUCUCUUGACUCGAGCCUACAACGAGCUGAUUACUCGAGGCUCCCUUACUCCACAACAGAGCCAGGCCAAUGUGCGCCUCUUGUUCAAACACAACAAACCUGGUGCAGCGCGAUGCGACCUCAAAUCGUAUCGUCCGAUCACCUUGCGGGAAUGCGACUACAAGAUCUUCACCAAGGUCUACGUGGCUCGUCUGAACCGGAUCCUCCCCGAUGUUCUUCCGGCCGGACAGCAUGGGUUCGUUAAGGGGCGAAGACCAGCGGACGCGGCUUUGCAUCUGAGGCUCCUGAUCGACGAGAUUAGGGGUCGUGGGGCAGAGUUCCCGACAGCAGCGCUCCUCUCCCUGGAUCAGAGCUCGGCUUACGACAUGGUCGAGCACGAUUGGGUCUUUGCGGUGUUUGAGGCUCUCGGCGCGCCGGAAUCUUUCCAGUGCGUCUUGCGGAUGCUCUACAACGGCGAGACGUCCACAGCGCGGUAUAUCGUCAACGGUUUCCUCACCGAGACGGUACGACUCCUGUGCGGUCUUGGCCAGGGCGAUCCUCUCUCUUCUUCUGUCUGGGAUGUGGUGUUCCAACCCUUCCUUGAAGUAAAAGUGCACCACCUAUAG